AUGGAACAAAAUAUUGAAAAUGUCUUACAACGAAGAAGACACGGUGAUCCAAUAGAUCACAAUUUAAUAAGAGGGAUAAUUCUUCAUGACAUUUUUGAUCCGAUAAUACCUGUUGCAGUUGCACCAAGACCCCAUUUUGUGUUAGAAACAGUUGACGAGAAAGAUGCGGAACAAAAUUUUCGAUUCAAAACAAGAGAUAUUCCGCUACUAGCUCGGUCUUUACGCAUUCCAAAUCGCAUUAGAACCAAAUCUGGGCAUAUAGCAACAGAUGCUUUUUAUGGACAGCUCCAAGAUCUACUGGACACAACAAUAGCCGGUAAUAAAACAAUAAUUCUCGGCGACUUAAACGCCGGAGUCGGCAACAUACCUGUGGCUGGAGCUACACAAAGAUUUAAUGAAGAAACGUUCAACGACAACGGAGAAAGACUCCUAGAACUUUGUUUAUUGAAUAACCUCCGAAGUAACAACACAUACUUUGACCAUCCAAUACAGCAUAAGAUCACCUGGUCAGAUACAAGAGGACGUAACUCUAUGAUUGACUACAUUAUAACAAACAGACAAAUACACUCCAGGGAUAUAAUAGAUGUGCGCACUCUAUCGUCCGCCAAUGUAGGAUCCGACCAUGGCCUGGUACUAGGGAAAAUCAAUAUAGAAUUCAACACACAACGCAAACGAAAUACAAAAGUCGAAGAAAAGUUAAACAUAGAAAGCUUAGAAGACCAAGGGACACAAAACUUGUAUAGAAACAGACUAACAGAAAAGCUAAACAGCCAUAACCUAGAGACUAAAAAGGAUAUAGAAGAAACCUGGAAAAUUAUUAGAAAAAGUAUCCUACAAGCAGCAGAAGAAGCUUUAGGUAAAAGAAAAGUCAACAGAAAUAAACGUGAAUACAAAACUCCAUGGUACGACGAAAGGGUGAAAGCACUAGCAAAUCAAAAGAAACAAGCUUUCCUAACAUACAAAAGAGUGAAGACACCGGAGGCACGAGACGACUACGUGACAAUCAGGAAUAGAGUAAACCAAGAAAUAGAUAACAUCAAAAAGGAACACUGGGAGAAAUUUACCAAAGAUAUGGAAUACGACCUCUAUGGAUCCCAGAAAAAGGUGUGGAAGAUGAUAACCAGACAAAAAACAGAAAUAAAUGAAUUUAUACGGAUAGAUAACAUUAGGGAGACACAAUGGACUGAGCAUUUCGCGAAAUUAUAGGGAGAAGGAGAAGAAGAGAACAGAGAAAUAAACAUUAAUGAAACCCACGAUAGAGUACUAAUAUCAGAAGAAGAGCUACAAGAACAAAUAAAAAAAUUAAAAAAUAGAAAAGCACCUGGUCCUGAUAAGAUAAAUAAUGAACUGCUAAAAUAUGGAGGAAGAACACUACUCAAAUGGCUCCUAAAAUUAUUUGUCGAUAUAAUAAAUAUCGGAGUAGUACCAGCUGAAUGGAAGGAAAGUCUCCUGCUACCGAUACUCAAAAAGGGAGACUCGAAAAAUCCUGAAAAUUAUAGAGGCAUUAGUCUGAUGAACAGCACAUUAAAAUUGUUGACGGCAGACAUAAAAGAUAAAAUCGAGGAAAAAGCGAAUAUGGCAGAUGAACAGCAAGGCUUCCGGAAGAACCGCAGCACAAUAGAUGCAAUUUUUAUUAUCAGGCAAAUAGUAGAAAAGUCUAUUGAAUAUGUAAAACCAGCAUACAUGUGCUUUGUAGAUUUAAAAAGUGCUUUUGACAGGGUGAGGCGAAAUGAUAUCUUAAAUUUAUUACAAGCUGAACAAAUAGACCACCAGAUAAUAAGGCUAAUUAAGGAAAUUAACAAGAACAACAAGACCAGAGUUAUAAUGUCAACAGGAGAAACAGAACGCAUAGAACUAAAAGGAGGAAUCCGCCAAGGAGACUCGCUCAGCCCAUUGUUAUUCAAUAUGAUGAUGUUCACGAAGUCAUAAAACGACAUGGAUACCACAUGGGAGCGCAUAAAAUCACGAUACUAUGCUAUGCCGAUGAUGCAGUACUAAUUGCUGAUAACGAGGAUGACCUACAAAGGCAGCUCCACACUUUCAAUAUCACAGCAAAUAAAUUUAAUAUGAGAAUAUUGGUAGAAAAAAACUAAAUGUAUAGUGAUAAGUAAAGAGCCGCGUAGAUGCAAGUUAGAAAUAGACGCCAAAAUUGUAGAACAAGUAAUGAAAUUCAAUUACCUAGGAGUAGAGAUCACUAGUGACUGGAAUAUAAGAACAGAGACCACAACACAAGCGACAAAAGCGGCAAGAGUAAGUGGUUGCCUACGAGAAACCAUAUGGAGAAACAAAUAUCUGACCACGGAAAGCAAAAUAAAAGUAUACAAGACAACAGUAAGACCUAUCCUAACAUAUGCAGCGGAGACAAGGACCGAUACAAGAAAGACGAGACAACAAAUCAACAAUAUCGAAAUGAAAGUAUUAAGAUCAAUAGCGGGCAUAUCAUUAAGAGACAGACAAAGCAACAGAAGUAUACGAGAACGUUGCAAAAUUCAAAAUAUUAACAGGUGGAUAAAAACAAGAAAGAAAAACUGGAACGAACAUGUAAAUCGAAUGGAACCAGAUAGAUUAGCGAACAUCUGUAAAAACAACAAGCCGUAUAGCAGAAGACCCGUUGGAAGGCCGCCGAAAAGGUGGAAAGACAAUGUACAGUCAACAACAACUGAAACAGAAUAAGAGGCAGACAAACAGGAGUAAUCCUAGUCGCGCGAAGAAGAAGAAGAAGAAGAAGAAGAAGAACACAUAUAUGACAAUGUUAGGUAUGUCUUAGAAGACUUAAAUAGAUUGAAUUGGCUAACUCGAGAUCGUUUACAACAAUAUGCACAGGCAGUGGCCAAUAAGGGAGCAGCAGUACAGAAUUGUUGGGGCUUUAUAGAUGGCACUGCAAGAGCCAUAUGCCGACCAGGAAUAGAUCAGGAAGCAUACUAUUCGGGUCAUAAACACUUCCAUUGCACAAAAUACCAAGCUGUUGUGUGUCCAGAUGGCCUAACAGUCAGUUUGCAUGGAGCAUUUAUGGGUAGAAGACACGAUGCUGGAAUACUUCGGGAAUCAGGUCUUUACAAUCAGCUGGAAGAAAAGACACGAUUUCCUGAUGGUAGUACUUUUGUUUUAUAUGGAGAUCAAGCUUAUGGUAUUCGGGAACUAUUGUUGUGUCCUUAUCCAGGACAAGGUGUCAAUCAAUUGCAGCAAAACUUUAAUGCCUCAAUGUCUACUGUAAGACAAGCAGUUGAGUGGAGUUUUCAGAAAGUGAUUGCAGAAUUUGCAUUUCUGGACUUCAAAAAAAAAUCAAAAAUUGCUUUUACAAGAUGUAGAGGCAAUGUAUAAAACUGCAACAAUAUUGACAAACUGCCAUACUUGCUUAUAUGGUAGUCAGUCUGGUCAGUUUUUUAAUAUGCCAUCUACCACUUUGGAACAAUAUCUUGAACCAAUAAAUGAUGAAUAGUUUUUCCCCUUGUAUAUUCUUUCUUCUUGUUCUUUUUGACAUAACAUGACAUGUCAUGACUCUGUCUGUUUUUUCAAUGUACCUCCAGUAAUUAUCGUUUUUGUGGUCUUCCCACUAAUCACCUUCAUAUCAGGGAACCGUCUCUGAUCAUC